AAGGUCAGUCACUCUCGGAGGUGAUCCUGAUGUUGAAGCUCUAUUUGACUUGUGUUAAAGCAGCUUAUUUGAUUCUGCUUGCGACUUUGUUGGAAGUAUGUCUGACGAUUGCUCUACCGCCGUCGCCCGUAGUCAAAGUAGAAAACGUCAAGUCCAAGCUCAAUGUUAGCAAGGAUGAGUUUUAUCCUACUUGGGAUAAUAAUGAGGAAGACGUCGAGUCCUUUUACAUCGACGAUGACGGAGCGCGAACUUCGAGGCAGAUCGAUGUGAAUAGUGAAAUUGACGAGGCUUUUGAGGAAGGAAUUGAAGCAGAGAAAGAUGACCUGAGUCAGCCCCCCGUGAGACCAAUUGGACCCAGAGACAUAUUGGAUGCUGUACUGAAGUCCUUCUUCGGUGGUGAGGAGAGUGGGUUUGAUUCGUUGACGAGGUUCUUCAUGUCCUUGGCUCACAAUUUCGGAAUGGACGUCACACUCGCUGAUGACAAGGGGAACAAAAUGUUGAAUGCGCCGAUGGCAACGGGUGUAUACAAUUACAAAGAAGAAGAAAUGGUGUCCCGCGUUUUUGUGUUGUCUCUGGCAGUUUUUGUGUUCGCGGAAGGGCAGGUUCCACCCGCGUCAUACCCCAAUUUCUACGCUGAUUUGUCACAAUCUCAAGUCCGAGGAGAAACAUACGCCGGUCCACCAGAGGGACAUGUAUCCAGUACGCCUGAUAAUCCGCGCAAAAAUGAGUUCAACUUGAAUGAUUUGUUCAGUCAGAUCAACAGCCAAGCACCCUUCAUUUCACAGCCGGAUAUCCUAUCGUCACCCGCGGUUGGAGAAUCGAAUGCGCAACAGAAGCCUUCUUCUGGAUCUUUGAACAGCCUUCUGAAUUCUUCAAUUUUGCCUGCACUCACGAAUGGGGGGAAUCUGAUCGGAAGCCUUAAUCCGUUGGGUAACCUGGGUUCGUCUGCACCAUUAGGCACAACAGCAGGCUUGUUGAACUAUCUGCUAUCAAAUGUCAACACUGCUAAUGCAGCAGUUGGUCUCAACCAUUUGGCUCCUGCCGGUGCUGUGCUGUCAAAUCUUGAUUCGAUUGGUACAAAGCCGGGUGUCAAUGGUGCUGGCCUACUUCUCAGUCUACUCACCGGAGGCUUGAGAGAUUCUAACACUCCUCAGAACUCUGUAAUGCGUCAAGGGGACGCUCUUGGAUUUCGAAUGGAUUCCAAUGCUGAUCUGGCCUCCUUGAGCCCAGAGGAUGUUUCAACGUUGAUCAAUGGUGCCAGCACAGGGCCUAAUCCUUUGGCUGGUCUCCUGAAGCCAUCCAAUUUAGGGCUGGUUUUCCGUGGAGCGGGUGCUGCAUCUCUUUUAAAAUCUUUGGGAGGUUUGUCUAACAUAGGUUCUGGUUUGGGAUCUCUCGUUGGCAAAUCCUCUGUGGAUUCCAGACAGGGGAACUUGAACGGUUUGAGUGCUGAUCAGUUGCUGAAUCUGAUUUCUGGGAACAACAUUAACUCGAUCUUGAACGUUGAUACGUCAUCAUCUGACUCCUUGCCACUUGGUGACUCGUCUCUGGGCAGUGUCUUAUCUUUUCUGUCAACUCUGUUUGGCAUCCGUCCUGGGCAAGCUGGUUUGAAUCUGGGAGAGCUGAAUCUCCUGUCCACCAUUUUGCGGGGAGAUCAAAUUCCUAACGAAUACGUUGAAGAAAUGAAAGCGCGUCAAGCUGCUGGUGUACAAGGAAAUUUGUUCGGUGCUUCAGCUGCUGCCUCGACCAAUGCUCGUGUGGUUGAAAAUACCGCUGGGAAUGUCAGUGGAGUUGUGCAAGCUUAUUCAUCUAAUGUCCCGCUGCCAUUAUCUCAGUUUUUGAUCCCAGGGAAGAUUAGAGGUGAGGGUUUCAACGGUGACGUGAAUGCUCCUGCUGCCCCCAUCAACGUCAACAACAUGCGACCAAAUUGA